GCGGGCGAGGGGGGCAGCGUGUGGGUUUGGGAACGCUGGAAGCGCGGGGUCGCUUCGGUUCGGUUCGCUUCGGUUCGGUUCUCACCCACCCUGUUGGCCAGGCCUUGCGAGGGCGGCGAGCGCCUGUGACCCCGCGCCUCUGUGGCGCGCUCCCAGGCCGGCCCGGCGCUGCGCAUGCGCAGAGCUCGCAGCCCCGGCGCGCGGCGGCGGACGGGCCCCGUUGGCGCGGAGCCCGCCGCGCCAGGAGCUGCGCCCGCCGCUGGCUGCAGGGGGAGGCUCCGGCACCGGCGGGACCCGCUGGGCUCCGGGGCCCGCGGACAGCCCGCAGGGUAACGGGCGCUCACCGCUCUGGCGGGCUCGCGGGUACGGGCCAGCCGCAAGCCUUCGCCGCCGCUCCGCGGCCUGCUCGGUCUUCCGUCCCGGGUCCGCGCGUGGCUCGCAUGGCCCAGCUCGGGGGCGGGAGGGGGGCCACGCCCGCGGCGUUUGAAAGAAUCGUUUUCAAGAACGCUUCUGAGCACCACUACGUGAAGGUUUGCUUAGAAUUUCAAGAAGGUGGAGUUAGAUUGAACGCUGCUCAUUUCAAGCAACUUAUCCUUUCAGCACUGAAGGAAUUACAUGGGGAGGUUGGUGCAGCCUUGCCUGUUGAUGUCUUAACAUAUGAGGAAAAGACCCUGUCUGCAAUACUAAGAGUUUCUAGCAGUGGCCUUGUCAAGCUGUGGAGUGCUCUAACACUGCUGGGCUCCUACCAGAACAGGAAGUGUGCUUUUAGAGUGAUACAGACCUCUCCAUUUCUCCUUGCGUUAUCUGGGAACAGUAGAGAACUCAUAUUGGAUUGAAUACACAGGAGACAAGGUUGGGCUGUAAGAAGCAGAAGUUGCUCAAGAUGUUGGCAGUACUCAGACCUAGAAUUUUUGGU